GGCCAUCGUCGCAGCCUUCAGGCCUUUCCUUCCCGCCUUCGACGUGGGCUGUGUCUGCAGCUUUGCUUGUAUUGCAGUGGCGAGCUGUGUAUUAUACCUUGGCUCAGACUGCAUGCUCACGCUCUCGGUUCUCUAAUCAGACGUACAAGUGCAGCGUUCUGACUAACCCUGCAUUCCUUGACGUGUUUGCCUCUGUUGCCAAUUGUAGGUUCGCCAAUUACUUGUAGAUUCUACGAUGCCCUACAAUCCACAUCACGAUCCAAGAUUCGACUCUCUUCCACCUCUCGUUCAAGAUCCAAGUCGUUCAGAAUGGCCUUCUACGCCUUUCCCUCCCGCGACUACGCCUCUACAAUUCCCGUCAUCGCCUCCUCCGAAUCACCUUGAUACCUCGUCGUCUUGGGGAGGAUAUGGAGCGCCAGCAGAGCAUGCUGCUUGGGGUGGUGCUCAGGGAGAACCCUGGGGACAGACACAGUCGCAGCCGGCAUGGGGUAUGCCACAACCCCAUCCUCAACCCGAAUCGUGGCCUUCGGUUGCAGAGCUGGCAUCGUCCACGGAUCCAUUCAACACUCAAGCUCGAGCACAAUCGGCGCAACCCACUGCAUGGGGCGAUCCUAGCUCUACUGGUCCGACAUGGGGACUACAACCAACACCCUCCCACUCUCACCACCACCACUCUCUCCCGACUACUCCAUACAACCCAUUUCCUGAUUCCCUGGACCAUCUUCGGGACGACCGUGGCAAUCUGAGGCCGGUAAAUUUCGUGGGAGGAGGUGGUGAUAGUGGUGGCGGUUUAGCGCCGGGUCCGAGUACGCCCGGGCCUGUAUGGGGUGGGGCGCUGUCAGGGGGAACGUAUGAGCCGAGGACGGACGAGAGCUCGUUCAAUGGUGCGGUGCAGCUUUGGUCACCGCCGGCUCAAACGUCCGCGAGCUGGAGUCCUGGGGAAGCUGGUUAUGGGGGUAAAGUGUCGAGACGGGGGUCGAAGCAUCAUUCGUUGGGGAGGGCAUCGUCGUUGCAUUCGUCGAUUUCGAGUCAGAGGCUGUUCGAUAGGCCGGGGAGCUGGAGGCCGGAUUUCAAGACGCCGAGGUCAGGGUUGGAUGCGAUUAUGGCGAAGAAGAAGGCAAAGUCGUUUCCUCAAGAACUCGCAGACUCAGGCCCGCACACCCUCAACCCGCACAUCCGCAUCACCCUCUUCCGCGACUCCCCCUCAACCUACGACCUCCGUCUCGACCUCUCCCAAAUCCAAUUCAAAGACCUCAAACGGCCCGUCACCUCCUACGACCUCGCGCAAUUCGCCACAGAACCGCCCUUACCGUUCAUGCGGCUCUCGCAUUCCCGGAUCCCGUGGUACAUCGACGUGUAUCCGCAGAAUGCUACUGGAGUGACGCUGUACGAUCUGUUUAGCGCGAUGCAUGGGUAUUUGUAUCAGAGGAUUAAGCAGAGCGAUUUUUGGAAUACGGAGAUGGGGGAGGUGGAUAGGGCGAAGAUUACGGCGAGUUGGAGGGAGAGGGUGGGCAGGUCGAAGGAGGAGGCGGAGCAGGGGGUUUUGAAGAUCGACUUCUUGCGACGCGACUGUAUCUUCCUGGGCUUGAAAGGGCCAGACAAGGAAGGCGUCUACGAGAUGAGGACUCGUAAGACAUGAACGGUUGACCUGUCGCGCCUCCAUCUCAUCCACAGCCAGUGCCCAUACACAUUUCAAUUCCUCCUUCGAACAUGUUGCAUCUGAUCACAUAUCAUACUUCUCCUCACGUCAAACCGCAGUUUUCCUCAUUGUAGAAGUCCAACCACCUCACCCAAAUCUCAUCCCAUAUGCCAUACCGUUCAAAACGAACACUUCACGCCUCACUCUUGCCAUAUCCUCACGCCCAACCUCACGCUGCAACCAUAUUCUGCUCCAUCGCUUCAUACGCUGUUGUUUUAUCUACAUCUUAACUAUAUCGACCGUCUCAUACUCUGUCAUUCUGCCACUCAUCCAUGUCGCUGCGCGUCCCCGGUUGCUGUCUCCGUUUCGGUCCCCUCUCCCUGUUCAAAUGUGUUCAAAUGUGCCGAUUGUGUCAAUGUGUCAAUGUACUGUACUCAUGCCCCGUGUACCCCC